ACCUUUUUGAUGGCUUGGUUUUAGAGUUUGGUGUGAAACCUCUUCCCCUGAUCCCAUUGACAAUUAUGAGUGACAUAGCCAACUGGUUCAAGAGCCUACCAAUCGUCACAAGAUGCUGGUUUGGGUUCACAAUUGCCUUUACUCUCCUUGGAAGGUUUGGGCUCCUUUCACCAUAUUAUCUCAUGCUUUUGCAUGAACCGUUCAUCAAAAGAUUUCAAAUAUGGCGACCAUUCACAGCAGCCUUCUAUUACCCUCUAUCUCCUCAAACUGGAUUUCAUUUCCUCAUUAACCUGUACUUCUUGUACAAUUACUCAUAUCGAUUAGAAACAGGAACAUUUGAUGGGAGGCCAGCUGACUACCUCUUCAUGCACAUCUUCAAUUGGAUCAUUGCAGUCAUUGUCGGGCUAAUUGCAUCAAUCCCGAUAUUGAUGGACAUUUUGGUGUUAGCGACACUUUACAUCUGGUGUCAGCUGAACAAAGAUAUGAUAGUUGCCUUUUGGUUUGGGACUCAAUUCAAAGCCAUGUAUCUCCCCUGGGUCCUUUUGGCUUUCAACAUGAUUGUCUCUGGAGGAGGUGUGAUGGAGUUGAUGGGAAUUCUCAUUGGCCACCUUUACUUCUUUUUGGCCUUCAAAUAUCCUCAAGACUUUGGGGGUGUCUCUUUGAUCAGCACUCCCCAAUUCCUAUACAACUACCUACCUAAUAGGCAUGGUGGCGUCAGUGGCUUUGGUCAAGCUCCAACUGCUCCUAGCCGGAGGGAUGCCCCAAACCAGGGUCGGUACAACUGGGGUAGAGGCCAUCUUCUGGGGGACAACUGAUGUAUGACCAUGUCAGAGAAAUUGAUUCCAUGAUGAAGAAAUUCUGUUUUAUUUAUUUACAUGCUUGUGAGCUACUUUCCAUCCUCUGUCUGUGGCUGUUAAAACCACCAUGGUCACUCUUGGAAAUGAAAUAUGUGUUGAAUUCCUAAAA